UAUUGACCUCUCUUAAAGCGUGCUGUUUCCGGUUGCCGGUAGUGGCUAAAAAGUCAGCUGAAAAGUCUAAAUAUGUACCGUUGUAGGUUACUGUUACACAAUUCUGAAUCAAUUUCACGAUGUCUGUAUACAAAGGCCCCACAGUCAAAGCUUUUUCAAGGUCGGCAGAAACUCCUGCAACCUGUGAGGAAGAUGGGAAUAUCGACUGUUGAAGGUGCAGGCAACAGCAAUAUGCUUCUCAUAACUGGUUUAGCAUCAUUUGCAGUUUUUGGUGGCAUAGUGUGGCAUAAAUACGUAGAUUUGAGCUACCAACCUAGGCACACUCCAAAGUUUGCAGUGUCUCAGUCAUCUUCGGAAGUCUCUAGUGAUUCCUCAGCUGCAACAGAAGGAGGGGGAACACCUGCUGCAUCCUCACCAGGUGAGAAAUCCACAUCAUCGGCACCGACCGCAGAAACAUCACAAGCAGUUACACUGCCUGAGAUUCCAGACCAUGCUCCAUACCUCCUGAUCGGGGCAGGGACAGCUUCAUUUGCUGCCUUCAGAGCUAUAAGAGGAAGUGAUCCUAAGGCUAAGGUGUUAGUUAUAACAGAGGAGGAAUUCAAUCCAUACAUGCGCCCUCCGUUGUCCAAAGAAUUGUGGUUUAGCGAUGAUAAGGAAGGAAUAGAACAUUUUGAGUUUAAACAGUGGAAUGGUAAAGAGAGGAGCAUUUUCUUUGAGCCAGAUUCGUUUUAUUGUGACCCAAGUGAAUUAUCCACCAAAGAGAAUGGGGGCGUGGCUAUACUAAAAGGACAUAAGGUUACAGCACUUGACAUCCAUAAAAAGAAAGUGACUUUAAAUAACGGAAAGGAAAUUAAGUUUGAUAAAUGCCUGCUUGCUACUGGUGGCAAGCCAAGGAACCUACCAGCAGUUACUCGUGCUGGGUCAGAGGUUGAGAAGAGAACAACGCUUUUUAGAAAUGCUGAUGAUUUUAAAUCACUAGAAGAAAUUUCAAGAAAUGUUAAAUCUAUAGCAAUAAUUGGUGGUGGCUUUCUUGGAAGUGAGCUGGCAUGUGCUCUUGGAAAACGAGGAAAGGACUCUGGUUUGAAAGUGGUACAGUUCUUCCCUGAGUCUGGUAAUAUGGGAAGAGUUUUACCUGAAUAUCUUAGUAAUUGGACGACUAACAAAGUAACUAAAGAGGGUGUUGAUGUGAUUCCUGACGCCUUUUUAAAAUCUGCUGCAUUUGAUCAAGCCACUGAACAAGUCGUUUUGAAACUCAGCAAUGGACAAAAGGUUUCUACUGACCAUGUGGUUGUUGCUGUCGGUUUAGAGCCAAACGUAGAUCUUUCAAAGUCAGCAGGCCUAGAGAUUGACGAUGUUCACGGUGGUUACCGCGUCAAUGCGGAACUUGAGGCAAGAAGCAACGUAUGGGCUGCUGGUGAUGCUGCCUGUUUUUAUGACAUUAAGCUAGGCAGAAGGAGGGUUGAGCACCAUGACCAUGCUGUGGUCAGCGGUAGACUCGCUGGCGAGAACAUGACUGGGGCCAACAAGGCCUACUGGCAUCAAUCUAUGUUCUGGAGUGACCUUGGCCCAGAUGUAGGGUACGAGGCUAUUGGAAUUGUGGAUUCUAGUUUACCAACAGUUGGAGUUUUUGCCAAAGCCACAGAUAAAGACACCCCUAAGGCAGUAGUGGAGGAGACCGGAGAGGGUAUUAGGUCAGAGACUGAACAGGUUGCAGACAUUAAAUCUAGUGAGGUGGUUAAACCUAAGCUCUCUGCCCCUAAUUAUGAAGAAGACUAUGGCAAAGGUGUAGUAUUUUAUGUGAAGAAUAAGACAGUUGUUGGCCUAGUAUUAUGGAAUGUAUUCAAUAAAAUGCCUCUGGCUCGUAAGAUUAUCAAGGAAGAAAAGGAGUAUGAUGACUUAAAUGAAUUAGCCAAGCUUUUCGACCUCCAUAAGGAUUAGAUGUUAUGCAAUCACUGAUGUUGUUAUUAAAUAGUUAAUUAUGCGUGCCAAUUUACUUUUAGUUUUUGUUGCAUUUCUGGUUAAAACAAUUAUAUUUAUCAGGUCUUAUGUAUUUUUCCUAUAUAAUUUGCAGUUCUACAUGAUUUCAUAUCUUUAAGGGUCCCAUAUUCGGUUUUUUGCAUGUUUCGACAUUAAAUUUCAUGAGCCUCUGCUCUGUCGCGGGUGAAUUGAGUGCAUCAAAAGCCUUUUUUCUCAGCGCUAUUAAUAUUUAAUAUGGGCUCAUGGUUCCAGUACAUAUCAAGUCAACAAAGUAAUACUUUACUGAAAUACAUCUUUAUAACAACUACAUACAAUUCAAAAUCAUAGAUUUGUCCAUUACUGUAUUAAUUUGUGCUUCUCUUUUAUUUCAAUUUUUGUUUUUAAAGACUCUUUUUCGGAGUUUUUAAUAUUAUGUAAUAAGGGAGUGACUUGUUUUGCUGAUGUCUCAUUUAAACAAUGCUAUUGUAUAUGUCAGUACAAUUGUAUUAAAAAUAGGCUUCCAGUGGGAGCGCGUGUCUACUGCCAAUGCACGAGUUUACGGGUAGUAGUAAAUCACGUCAUUUCACACAUCACAAAUGUGACAUAAUGUCAACUCACGCUCGUAAUGUCAACUUUACACUUCCGGAUUGACCAGGAUAGCAAUCCGGAAAAAUGAAUUCUAAUAAAUGACAUUUGGGAGUUGGAUCAAUGCAAUCAAAUAUAUUUGUGUCCCACCAUUUCCAAAAUAUAUUUUGUAUUCAGCUCAAUUAUGAAGGAAUGCAUGAUUUGCAAUGUACUACUUCAUGAUACACAAUUCAAUUAAUAUAAUAAGAUUCUAUUCUAUUUAAAUUUCUUGUACAACAUCUUAAUUGUUUCGAAAUAAAUUUAAAUUACAUUAUCAGAAGUUAUAUUUUAAGAGAGUUUGUGAGAAAAGAACAAUUAAAUAUUGUGUGAUGAUGA